GGAUGUUUUCUAGUAUCCAGGCUGGGGUUUGUGGUGGUAUAUAUUUAUGGAGGAUUUGGCCUUUGAUUUGUAGGAAUCCGUAUAUCCAAGUGUAGUAGUUCAAACUUAGGGCUUUCCUCGGCUACUUCAGCUAGCAUUUUCUGGACAACGAGAAUCUAUCAUUUCGUUCGUUUUCUUUGCCUAAAAAUGAGCCUGAGUUAGCAAAGCAUAUGAACCGAGGGGGUAACUUGCAGGUUCCUUUAUUUGAUCUAUCUGGAUCAUGGAAGAACAGAUUUGGUUUUGGUUUCUGCUGUUCCCUCCAAGAAUUAUUAGAUUGACAUCAGCCUUUGAGUUCGACAACAGACAAGAAAAUAUAAAAAAAAUACAUUUGCCGGAAAUUAUAAUUAUUUGCCUUGUGGAAUUUGCUCGUACCGUUCCAUCAUUCAGCUCCAACAAAGUGGCGGUUCAUUCCAGAUCACCCUGGAAUAAUUCUAAGAAUGCCGUCAAUAUCCGGUGACUAAGAUUGCCUUGGGGCUUUGGCAUAAUCAACUUCUACGAGCUUUUUGGUGGCUUAUAGGAAUUAUCUUAACCGUAGCCUUAAUGGGUAGCUCAGAAUAUUAAGUUGGCUUGCAAUUCUAUAUUUGCUUGUUAAAUAUCUUGCAUUGUGGUUUGUGCAAUGGACGAGAACAGGGUUGCCUUAUGGCCAUCUUCUUUAUGUUUUGGUCAGCUAGUUUCAUACUGGUUGGAUAACUAUGGGGCACAGGCACUUGUUUAACACAUCUCAGAUUUUUGAGAGUGAUAGCAAUCCGGGGUGGAGUCAUGCAGAGCAACCUUAUAUUCCCAUUGCACGGGGUACUGAAAACAGUUCAAUUACUCAUCCGGUGGAUAAUAUGGCACAUCAAGGUGGAUACUUCCCUUCUCAUUGGACCCCUGCUCCUACGUCAAUUGGAUAUUCUUCAUCUGUUCUUAAUGCCGGUGAAUCAACUCAUUAUCAACCAAUGGCUCCUGGCCCAUCUCGUGAUCCUUUUAUUCAACAAACUGGUGCUGGAAAUCUUCACACGGUUCAAAAUAAUUAUUCUCAUCACUCGUCAUCCAACGUUGACGGUAGUUUUUACGAUCCGACAGUAGGCAGUAGCAGAGGACCAUCAUAUAAGCGGAAAAGCCCUGGAAUCCCUCCAAUUUGCGACAGCCACCUGGCAUCUACAAGCAGCAGGUACUAUGAUGCUGGAAGUUCGUCCGAUAUUCGUUUGCCUGCAGACCCGUGGCAGGAGAAGCAGAACACUGAAUCUAAUCAUACACUCUGGGAUUAUACUGUAUCCUAUGGCGGCAAUAAUAGUCUCUCCUUAGGCGGUGAAGGUACAAUCAGAAAUGUGAGAAGUAGACCUGCAGUUGGCAUGGAAACCAAUAUUGCCAGAACUCAAUUGCCAACCAAUAAUUCUUUGCAUCAAUCUAAUCCAAUGGAUUUCUGGGGCCAGAGUUCGAAUGGUAAUAAUCCGAUACCACCUGUCGCGCAUGAGGGGAAUUUUGGCUCAGAUUCCAGUUUCUUUAGUCACGAUCCAAACGCCAUGAAUACGCCAAACAACAAUACAAAUAGUUCCAUUCAGAUUCAAGGUUACAACAAUGAUGUUACUUCAAACAGAGGUCUUGUUCCUCAGAAUGCCAACACUCUCCCAAACCAGUCUGUUAGAGGAGUACGGAGUGGUUAUGGUCAAAGUCAAAGAUCUGCCCCAACUCUCAGGGCUUCGUGGAGCAUCUUCCAACCCGGGCAUGUAGCUGCUUCAGAUGUAGGGCAGCAGAUGGUGGCAGAAAGUCACCCCUCGAGAAAUUCACGGGCAGUUUCUAACUUAAGGUUCCGCAAUGUCGACAGGAGUGGGAGAACUUCUAUAUCAAGUGACAGAUAUAGGUCUUCUGCCGAGGGUCUCAUGGUUGCGGACCACUCAGCAAUAUAUGCAUCCAGAACUUUGUUUGAUCAGCACAGGAAUAUGAGACUUGAUAUAGACAAUAUGAGCUACGAGGAGCUCGUUGCACUGGGAGAGAGUAUUGGAAGUGUCAACACCGGCUUGUCCGAUGGUUCAAUUUCAAAAUGUCUGACUGAAUCGAUAUAUUGUUCUUCAGACAUAUCUCAAGAUGAAGGAACUUGUGUUAUUUGCUUGGAUGAAUACAAAAACAUGGAUGAUGUUGCCACAUUAAAAGCGUGUAGACACGAUUUUCACGUGGGCUGUAUUCGAAAAUGGUUGUCGAUGAAGAAUGUAUGUCCGAUUUGUAAAUCACCUGCUGUAGGUGACGGUGUUAAAGACAAAUGACUCGUUUAUGUUCGAUAGUAAUUUACAUGAAUCUUUUGUACAUAUAUGUGUUUCAAAUUUAUUCCUCGAAUGGGAGGAAACGAACAUUAUUUGUUAAAAGAGACGUUGCAUUCUAUUUUAUGGUAUUUCUUCCUUUCUUCAUCCUGAUAAAGGUGGGAGAAUAAGGGUGGGAUUAUUUGUUGCUCACCGUUACUAUUUAU